AUGGAGGCUGUCUACGCCUGCUACGAGCACCCGGGCGAGACGGGCGGCGCUGCUGUUUCGUCGUCGACGACGGGCACCGACUCGAAGCCUGGUCCUGGAAACGACGACAAGCCCUCGAUCAAGCCGUCCAAGAGCUGGCUCGGCGGGUGGUUCAAGCGCGAGCCGAGUCCGGCCAACGGCCCGGGCCCAGUGCGGGCCAACCUCGGCGAGAAGACGAGCCUGUACUACGACGAGAAGGCCAAGCGGUGGAUCAACAAGGGCGACAAGGUCGAGGCGCCACCGACGAUCGUGCCGCCUCCUCGUGCCGCCACGGCAUCGCCGAGCAAGGCCCUGCGCAACAGCAACUCGAGCCGGUUCGGCGCAGGCGGCGGCGACAACAUCCCGCCCGUCCCGUCGAUGCCGCCUCGCUCUCAGACCACGGGCCCGCCUCCUCUCUCGCGUUCAGCAACGAGCGCCGACUUGCGCAGCGACUCGCGCCCGCCGAGUCGGUCAGGCGGUGCGACGCCUGUCGAGGGUGGCGCACGAGCAGGUCGGCGCAACAAGCCCAAGUACGUCGUCGCCGCGCCGUAG